AUGCCUAUCCCAGCCCCCACGUCGCGUGAAGAUUUCAAGAUCACUAUCAUUUGUGCACUGACGCUAGAGGCCAAGGCUGUCCUGCCACUUUUCGACGUGCUCUACGAUGAAAACCUCGACGAAUACCGAAAGGCGCCCGGUGAUCAGAAUGCAUACACGUUGGGAAGCAUUGGAAGAUACCAUGCGGUACUUGCGUACAUGCCCGGGUCUGGCAAAGGCUACGCCUCCAGCGUGGCAACCAAUGUCAAGAGGAGUUAUCCAUGUCUAGAGCUGGCUCUUGUCGUGGGUGUAUGCGGGGGUGUUCCAUACGUGAAGAGCUCAAUGUCACCCCGACAGGAUAUUUUUCUAGGAGAUGUGAUUGUUAGCAAGGGUGUGGUGCAGUAUGAUCUAGGGCGCCGCCAUCCUACAGGAUUCGUUCGCAAGAACAGCGUGCUCGCCAACCUUCCAAGGCCCAGUCCGGAAAUCCUUUCAUUUCUGAACAAGUUAGAGGUGGGUUAUGAGCGUUUAACCAAUCGAUUAGCCAAUUAUCUAGUGAAUGUUCAGACGAAGUUCCCAAGCGGUUAUCCAGGCACCGACAAGGAUAGGCUAUUUGGACCUGAGUACGCACACCAAGCAAUGGACUGCAAAUGCACCAAAUACACCUACCAUGACAAUAGCAUCGUCGCUCGUCGUCGGGAUCUCACCCGGCAUGAUCAGGCAACACUGGUGCAUUUUGGCCUUAUCGCAUCCGGAGACGCGGUCAUGAUGUCCGCCCAUGAGCGCGACCAAAUCUCAGAAAUUGAAAAUAUCAUUGGAUUUGAAAUGGAAGGGGCAGGUGUCUGGGACAAUCUUCCAUGCAUUGUGAUAAAGGGCGUCAGCGACUAUGCCGACAGUCACAAAACUAAGGAAUGGCAGCAUUUCGCAGCCGCUAGUGCAGCAGCAUGUACGCGGGCAAUUCUAGAUGAGAUUCCAGUCUCUUUGCCCAAACCUUCGGCUGAAUCCUCCAACAAUCAUAGUCGUGUAAUGCCAGUGGUAUCUUGCAAGAAAAGGCCAGCUGCAGAGAUGAGCGAAUCCGGCUACAAGGAAGACGAGUUUUAUAUUGAGUCUUUAACAUUCCCACAAGCUCAAUUUCGUCUAGAGGAAAUAAGCUCGGCUCAUGAGAAGACUUGCGAGUGGAUACUUGGACGUCCUGAGUAUCUGACAUGGACUAGUGAGGAGGCUUUGCCAAGUCAUGGGGGCUUUUUCUGGAUCAAAGGAAAGCCUGGUGCGGGGAAGUCGACUCUGAUGAAGCACUCUCUUGGAAAGAUCCGUCAUGGGAAUGUAUCGAUCAUUACCACACCAGUUUUGCAUUCCAAAGGAGUACCGCCUGACGCUGAAAAGGCCUUUCUAAAUGUGGCCAAAUCCCUUGAGCUUCAAGAUGGCAAUCUCGUCUGGACGAAAAGAGAUGUAAAGAACUUGUUGUCUUUGACUAUCAAGUCUUUGCAGGGGCACCAUAUACUGUUUCUGAUUGAUGCAGUAGACGAAUGCGAUCAAGCGGAAGUGGAAGAUAUGACAACCUUUUUUCAGGAGCUUGGGAAGUCCGCAGUCGAACAUACGGUAUAUCUGAGAAUCUGCUUGGCAAGCCGACACUAUCCACACAUCACCCUUGAUAAAGGAAUCGAGUUCAUCGUUGAAGAUCAGCAUGAGCAUGAAGAUGAUUUGAGAAGAUACGUUGAAACAAAACUGAAAGGCGGCCGGUCCAGUCUUGUCCAAGAUAUCAGGAAUGAUAUUUGUAAAAGAGCAGAUGGCGUCUUCCUGUGGGUUAUGCUUGUUGUUCGUUCGUUAAACGAGGCCUUUGACAGAGGCAAUAUAAGCGCCUUGCAAAAACGACUGAACGAAAUACCGGACGGCCUUGAUGAUCUUUUCACCGACAUUCUGACACGAGAUCAAAAAGACAUGGACGUGCUCACAUUCAGCCUUCAGCUCAUUCUUUUAAGCUGUCGGUGUCUUACAAGAGAAGAACUCUAUUUCGCUGUUUUGUUUGAGAAGACAAAAUUGAUUGAAGAAGAUGUCGAUUGGACGUUGCAUUCAACCACAGUCAUGGACAGACUCGUACUCGAUGUUACCAAAGGACUUGCCGAAAGUGCUAAACAAAGCGGUAGAGCAAAGCCUCACCGUGUUCGUUUCAUCCACGAGUCCGUUCGAGACUUUUUACUUCGGAGAAAUGGCUUUACUAGAAUACGGCCUAAAAGAAAUGACUCGGCGAGCUUUAUUGGAGACUCUCAUGACCGUCUGAAACAAGUUUGUUUCAAUUACAUUUCUAGAAUGUGCCAGGCUCCUUUAGGCCAGGAAAUUGUGGGGUUGCGAGACCCGCCACAACGCCUAAGAGAUGACGAAUCCAUACAGAAAGCUUUUCCUUUCCUUGACUACGCUAUCCGGAGGGUCCUCAAGCACAGCAACUUGGCACAGGCAGAAGGCAUCUCUCAGAAAGAGUUUCUACGCGCAUAUUCCAAUCGGUUCUCUGACUUCAAACGCGUCUACAAUGCUGUUGAAAAGUACACAAAACGUCAAUACAAGGAUGACUGGUCACUCCUUUAUAUCAUGGUCAAGAACGACCUGCGUCAUCUCAUACCGGUGGAACUUCUUGGUGAAUCGCGUGCUUGGGAUUUGUGUGGUCAAUAUUUAUGUCCAAUGGGUGCCGCAUUUCGCAAUGGGAACAUGGCCUAUGUUCGAGCUCUUUUGGGGAUGCAGCCUGAUGAUGAUCCUCACAGUUUGAAUGUCUGCAUUGAGCCGGAGAUGGUUUCUCGCAUGAAGCAAUUUUUCGCUGAAUUUGAUGGACAGACAAGGCAGUCUAGAUCAAAAGUCAGAAAGAGUCAGCGUCUGCUAGCUUUCGCACUCGAGGGUCGGUGCGUGAGCAUAUUGAGACUUUUGCUUUUCGCGAAUGUCAUUGAUUUCAAUGAUACUCUCAACAAUGCCAGAAAGACUCCAUUGAGUUGGUCAAUCUAUAAUUCCGAGCCAGAUUUGGUAGAAUUCCUGGUAUCCGAAGCAAAGGUCAACAUACAAGCUGAACUCCAAAAAGCUGACAGCACCAAAGGGCCCCUCCUCAGGGCGGCUUUUAGACCAAAUACUGAGCUCAAACGUUCCUCCCGCAUGAUGUGUUAUGAGUGGAGAGUGGCGUGGAGAGUGGCCGACAGACGCAUUUUGGAUAUCUUGCUGCGGCAAGAGUCACUAGAUCUGAUGUGUCAAGAUGACGAGGGCAAGAAUGCUGUCCAUUGGGCAGCCUUGGCAGAUGAUAAAUUUUCGCUGAAACGUCUAAUCGGAUAUGGAUUCGACUACGAACAUUGCGACUCCACCGGACGGGACCCGCUGUCUUAUGCUGCUGAGUGCGGUCACGUCGAUAUUGUGAAGGCUUUGCUUGAGAUGGAGGAAAUCGAAGUUGACAGGCGUGACCGGUCAGGAAGAACCCCGCUCACAUGGGUAGUAGCAGGCGAUGGAGAGCACCCGCUCGAACGAACUAAGUCAGUGGUAGAAGCAUUGUUCAACACCCACAGAGUCGACUUCAAUGCCAAAGACAAACGACUCCAGUCUCCCUUGGCUAGAGCAGUUGGGAGAUAUAAUUCAGAGGGAGCCGAAGUUCUGCUCAACUUCGACACGGUAGAUGUCAACAGCAGAGACUUGUAUGGGCGAACUCCACUGAUUAUGGCAGUCAUCUCUCGGCAAGACUACAUGGUCAAGAUUCUUCUACGUUGUGAUAAGGUAGAUGUUGAUGCACAAGAUGCCGAUGGACGAACAGCCCUAUCUUGGGCUAUCGGACCGCUAAAUUUUCCCUGUACUAUGAAAGGCAGUGCCAGUGCAUACUCUGACCGCUGGGGUUCUUAUAUUGAUGUGGUCAAAGUCUUGUUGGCGGCGCGAACACCUGACACUGGCUUGGCAGAUAUUUGGGGCCACCCACCAACAUGGUGGGAACAGGCUUAUAGAAUCAUUCUUGCUGAGUUAGGAGAGAGGUAUGAAGAGAUGGAGGAUUGUGCAUCCAGCGGUGCCGCAUUAGUCCCUACUGACUCGAAAACCAUCAAAUCCGAAAUGCAACGAUUUCUGGAAGGGGAACAUAUGAUGAAGAGUCCAGUUGAAUGGGAUUUGUUGUUUCACGACGUGAAAUUUGGGGCAAAUUGGGUGCUUGAAGGAACAAAGGUCAAAUAA